CUUUCCCCCACCCUUCGUCAAUUCAUAUUUACGUCUGCUUGUCAGCUAACAAUUCCAUCUCCCCAUUUCCUCCAUUUCUUUUUGAAGUGAACUUGGUUAGAAGCGGGUGAUUGACUCGCCACAAUGGUGAACGGGAGGAUUCCUUCGGUUCACUCGAAGACAUACGUCACCCCCCGACGUCCUUAUGAAAAGGCGCGUUUGGACCAAGAAUUGAAAAUCGUCGGAGCCUUUGGCCUGAGGAAUAAGCGAGAAGUAUGGAGAGUGAAGUUAAUAUUAGCCAAGAUCCGUAAGGCAGCUCGUGAGCUGCUUACAUUGGAAGAAAAAGAUCCAAAGAGAUUAUUUGAAGGUAACGCCCUCCUUCGUAGAUUAGUCCGAAUCGGCGUGCUAGACGAAAAUCGCAUGAAGCUCGAUUACGUGCUGGGUUUGAAGAUCGAAGAUUUCUUGGAACGUCGUCUGCAAACGCAGGUUUUCAAAUCUGGGCUGGCGAAAUCCAUCCAUCAUGCUAGGGUCUUGAUCAGGCAGCGACACAUUCGGUAAUGUCCAUGUCAGUUUCAGUUGGCUGAUUUGCUGUUUGAUAUGACCUAAAUGGUCAAUUUCAUGAGUGCCACUUAGCCAAGCGUGCUUGGUUAACGCCUCGAAAUUUUAUCUGAGAUUCUAGCCAGGAGGAUCAAGGUAAAAGGUUAUAGAAAGGUUUAUGUGUAUGCUUAUGCUCAACCUUGAAAAACGUUUGAAAAUUAAUGUUAGAUGAAUUGAAGACUUCAUGGUUAUCAAAAUGUUACAUAAGCGUUGAAAGGGCAUCGCGAAAAAAGUAUGCAUUUUAUUUAUAUUUUGCCAUUUAUGCAAAAUUUGUCAAUUACAUGUUGCACUUAGCUAUAAUAUUGUUUUAAUAAGCUGUAAUCAGUUGAAUUAGUUAUUGUCUGUUAUAAGGUGCUAUUAGCUCAAUUUUCAGCUAUAAUCAUUUGAAUUAUGUUGCAGUUAGUUACCUUACAAUCUACAUUUAGCUAUAAUUGCCAGUUACAAUUUACAAACAGCCAGAAUUAUGUUCUAGCUAAUUAUAACUGAUAAUUUUAGCUAACUGCAGCAUCUGACAUAGCUAUUUAGCUUGUAGCUGUCGACUAUAGUUACAUCUGGCUUUUAGUUAACUGUGGUUGUUAUAUUUUUAUUGCAGUGUCCUUUCCAAGCUUGUCGAACAUGAAUUUGAAGUUAAUUUUGGGAUUGUCGAGUCUUAGAGUCACUGAUUGAAAAGCUUGAUGUUCAGGACAGUGCUAAAAGUACUCGUAAAGGAAAGAUUCCAGCUCUUAUACCCCGAACGGGUCACUUGAUGAUUUGUUUGGGUACUUGCAAGGCAACAAUUCUCCAUUCAUAUGAACUUUUUCCAAAAUUGAGAAAAGGGGACGUUUUAGCGAGAGUGAAAACUGAAUUUGCAAUUUAAGAGUGAGUUGAUAAAGAAUUUGAACUUUUUCAGUGUUCGCAAGCAGGUGGUGAAUGUCCCUUCAUUCGUCGUGAGGUUGGACUCCCAGAAACACAUUGACUUCUCUUUGAAGUCACCAUUUGGUGGUGGCAGGCCAGGCCGUGUUAAGAGGAAGAACAUGGCCAAGAAGAGUGGAGGAGGUGCCGCAGAAGAAGAAGAAGAUUAAGCUGCAAUGUUUUUACAUAUUUAUGGUAAUAUAAAUUGACAAAAAGCC